AUGACCAGGAAAUCGAAGUAUUUGGGGAACGUGGAAUCACUUCUUAGCUGCUUCCUCAAAAUAAUUUUUCUCUUUUCAUCUUCUUCUUCUCCUCCUCCAUGUUUUUUUUCUUUAUCACUUUCCUUUCUAUUAUUAUUUUCUCUUUUUCUUCCCUUUUCUUACAUUUCUCCUUUCCUUCUUUCUUUGUUUCUUUCCUUCCCCUCUUUCUCCUCCUCCUUUUUUCUUUAUCACUUUCAUUAUAAUUUCUUCUCCUUCCUCAACUUACCUCUUCCCAUUCAACCUUUUUUCAUCUCCACCUUCCUUUUCUUUUUUCUUUCUUUCUUUCUUUUUUUUCUUUCUUCUUCUUUUUUUUUUUCUUUUUUUCUUCUGUUUUUAUUUCCGCUUUUAUAUUUUCCACAUAUUCUAAAUUUUCCGGCAUUUUGUCUUUUAAUUUCACUUGCUAUAUGUUUUAUUUUUUUCUUGUUUUUCUUUACUUGUUUUACAUUUUUCUUCUUCGUCUUCAUCUUCUUUUUCUCCUUCAUUAUAUUUUUCUUCCUUUUCAAAUGUAUUUGCUCCUUCUUCAUUUGUUUUCUGUCUGCUUUCUUUCUUUUUUUAAUAUCGUAUUACUUCCUCCUCUUCUCUUUCUUUCUUCCUAAUCUAAUUUUUUUUAUUUUUCUCUCUCUCUUUCUCUCUCUCUCUCUCUCUCACUCUCUCUUACAUUUUUUCUACUUUGUUCCGCUUUUCUUCUUUUUCUUCUUCUUUUUGCUUUCAUUUUAUUUCUUUCUAAUUAUUCUAUAUCUUUCUCUAUCUUUUAAUUUACCUGACCACAUUCUGAUUUUCUUGUUUUUUUUCCUUCUUAAAUUUGAUUGCUCCUUCUCCCCCUUUUUUUUCAUCUUUUUUGUUCUUAUCUUAUUUCUUCUUCUUCUUCUUCUUCUUCUUCUUCUUCUUCCAUUUACUCUUUUUCAUUUCUAUUUUUACAACUCUCUAACAUUUUCUUCUUUCUCUCUUCUUUCUUUUCGGCUCUCAUUCUUUCGUCUUCUUCUUCUUCUACAUUUUUCUUUUUACUACCCUCUAACAUUCAACUCCAACCGCCUUUAUAUUUUUUAA